UCGCUGCGCCCGUAUCGUCGGUACACCGUCCGCCUCGCUGAGCGUCCGGCCGGAAUGUUGUGACCCGGGAAUGGUUGUCUUAUAUGACUAGUAACGUGGAGUAAACUGCGACGUGGGGUGGUCUCUCGGACGACAUGGUUCUGUGCAAGCUUCUGCUUACUUGCGAUUCGAUAGAAGUCAGUGCGAUUUGUGAGAAUUAUCGCUCUUGGUGACGUACUACCGUGUUCUCGUAUCGGUAAAUGCCGUGAGAAGCUAUGCGUGACGUGAUCGGUUUUAUCGCUACUGUUUGAUAAAGCACAACGCCCGUCGGUGGCGGUUCGUUUCUCCAAUGCGGCGACAUUUAGACUCGGGGGCGUGCACGGCCCGUCUGGUCUGUCACAGGUGACUCGCAGUCAGUGAGUGUGACUCAGUGAGUCUGGCUCAAUUCCCCGGGCGACCCGCAGGUGCCAUCGAUCGCGACUCCAUAAGUCAUACCCGGUGGGAGGACAGGUGCGCUCGGUGAACGGCCGGCGACCGAGGCGGGCUCAGUGUGACGGGGCCGGGUACAGUGUCAGUGUGACGGAGCCGGACACAGUGUAACGGGGCCGGACACAUUGUAACGGGGCCGGACACAGUGUGACAAAUGCUGGCACAGUGUGACCGAGGAGUGCACAUUGUGCCGGAAGCCGAGGGAGUUUCUGUGGACGUAACGUGCAUGGGCGACUGAACACUGACGUGACCGACUGUAAGGCUGCGUGGUGGGGGCGUACGAAUAGACUGUGACAAAGUCUGGUAGCGGUGUUGGACAGUCGAGUGAGCUGCCGCCUGCCGGAUCGUGCCGCUCGCUAAGGCUGCCACUGUCGGUAGACGUAGCGGCAGUGGGCGAUCGACCCGCCUAGUUGGACAACCCACAGCGCCGCGUCCCCCUCGUAUCAGCCUGACAUUUGCCUGUCGCCCAAGCACCGCACAAUGUGACACGGUGGUGCGGCUGUCUGUCCCUGCGGCGUGGCACAAUGUGACAGUCUGCGGAGGGAGUGUGUCGCGGUACAGCGCCGCCCAGUGUGGCUGUGAGACUGUGCGACGGUGCUAUACCGAUAGACGGGCACAGUGUUCAGGCUCCAGGCAUGUAUCCUUCGGUGAACACCAACUGGGCUAAGCGCCUGAUGGUGUACCCAGAGGAGGAGGAGGGCGACGGGCUGCGCCUGCCGCUCUCCCCGGUUGGCCAGCGGGGAUACGGCCUGGACCGUAACCGGCGCUCCUCUGCCGAGGACUUUGGCUCCACCAGCGAGGAGGACGAGAUGGUGCUCCACCCGCUGGAGAGCGUCCUCAAACAGAUCAGAGAAAGGCCGGUGCAGCCGCGCCGUUGGGCCUACUGCUGCUCGGGCGUCGUGUUCGCCGGCAUGAUCGGCCUGGUGGUCGGCUUCACCAUGGCCUACGGCCUGUUCCUCUCGCUGGAGGCGCCGUGCGCUCACUCGCGGGUCUGGCUCACCGGUUCCGACCACGUCCACCAGCGGCUGCUCAGCGACCUCCGGCCAGAGAACGUCGCCAACUUCCUGAGGGAGCUGACGCGGCGACCACACGUGGCCGGGCUGCCCGAGAACGAGCGUCUGGCCCAGUACGUGGCGGACACGUGGCGCGCCCAGGGCCUGGACCGGGUGGAGGAGCUGCGGUAUGACGUGCUUCUCUCCUACCCGGACGGUCAGAACCCCAACCUGGUCCGUGUGGUGGACGAGACAGGCCAGGCGGUGUUCACCGCACAGACCCACCAGCCGCCGCUACACUCGCCAGAGGAGCGCGACCCGUCCGUACUACAAAACUUCAAUGCCUACUCGGCGCCCGGACAGGCGCAGGGAAAGGUCAUAUACGUCAACUAUGGCCGCGAAGAGGACUUCCUAUAUCUGCAGUCGCAGAACAUAUCACUCAAGGACCACAUUGUCAUCGCGAGAUACGGCAAAAUAUUCCGAGGGAAUAAGGCGUACCUAUGUGAGCAGUUCGGCUGCGCGGCGCUGCUGUUGUACAGCGACCCAGCGGACGGUGCGCCCCUCGGCCAGUCUGCCGACGCCGCCUACCCCAACACCGUGUACAUGCCGUCGGCGGGCGCCCAGCUGGGGACCGUGUACAGGGGCACCGGAGACCCGCUGACGCCCAUCUACCCGUCACUGGAGAGCGCCUAUCGUCUGUCGGAGGCCGAGGCCGAGCUGCCCAGGAUUCCGGUGCAGCCCAUCAGCGCUGACGACGCCUACCAGAUCCUCAAGCUGAUGCCGCCGACUGCCGCGGCGCCCGCUGACUGGUGGGGCGGGCUGAACCUGACCUACGGCCUGGGCCCGGGGCCGGCUCGGCCCGGCUGGACCGUUCUGAUGGACAUCCACACACACGGAGAGAGGGCCAACGCCACCAACGUGAUCGCCACGCUGCGCGGAUACGAGGAGCCGGACCGGUACGUGCUGGUGGGGAACCACCGGGACGCCUGGAUUCUGGGGGCCAUCGACCCGUCCUCGGGCACUGCCGCAAUGCUGGAGCUCACCCGGGUACUGGCUAACCUGAGAAAGGAAACUGGCUGGCGGCCGCGCCGCUCGCUCGUGUUCUGUAGCUGGGGCGCCGAGGAGUACGGCCUGGUCGGCUCCACUGAGUGGGUCCAACACCGCCGGCAGCAGCUGGCCGCCCGCGCCGUGGCCUACCUGAACGUGGACCUCACCAUCAACGGUAACGACACGCUGCGCGCGCUGGGUGUGCCACUACUACACGACCUGUUGUUCGCCGCUGCCCGGACGGUGCCCAACCCGGACCCGGAGGAAGUGGCCGCCGGCCGCACCACCGUGUAUGACACGUGGCUGUUGCACCGGCUGGACAACGCCACCGGGCGGCCGCAGGUCACGCUACCCGGCCGCGGCAGCGACUAUAAGCAGUUCCUGCAUGUCGAGGGCGUGCCCAGUUCGGACCACCGGUACUUUCAGAAGACGGACUCUGGCUCGUCAUACCCGCUGUACCACACGCUCUACGAGACGUACUACAUGGUGACAGAGCUGCAGGACCGGGGGCUGCACUUUACCACGGCCGUGGCCCAGAUGUGGGGAGAGAUGGCCAGACGGCUGGCGGACGACCCGGUGCUACCGUUCGGCGUGGUGCGCUAUGGCACCUUCCUGCAGGAGGCGUUCAGUGUGCUGGAGGCCCGCUUCGGACCGCGACUGAGGCAGAAUGGCGUCACACUCGACUACGUCAGGGCGGCCGUGGAGGAGUUCGCUGAGGCGGCCACUACUUUCCAGGAGCACUUUCUUCGACAGCUGGAUCUGGACGACCCGCUGGCGGUGCGGCAGGCCAAUGAUAUUCUGAUGGGUGUCGAACGGUCCUUCCUGGAUCCCCGCGGCCUGCCCGACCGGCCCGACUACAAUCACGUGAUUUUCUCGCCGAGUUCGUCGGACGGCUACUCGGGCGUGGUGUUCCCCGGUCUGGUGGAUCUGCUGCACGACCUGGACCGGCUGCCGGCCGACCGGCGCGCCGCACAGUGGCAGAAAAUCAAACUACACGUGUCGGUGCUCAGCUACAUCAUCGGCAGCGCGGCGCACGGGCUCCAGCAGGACAUCUGAACAGGUGCUGUCGGAAAUUGGUACCGGCCGGAGGACACCAGAGAUGGAGGGCGCGAUCGUCGGCCGAAAUGGGGACGGAACAGGUCCCCUUAUAAACUGAAUAGCCGAUAAGACAGCAACCGCGGUAUGAUUAGGUGCCCGAGUCACAAUAAGUACUUGAUCUACACUACGAAGGUGGCAUGGAUAAAGCGUGAACUGACCCAGGAUGCUUUCCACGUCCUUUUUGUUGAUAAUGAUCAGCGCUUUCGGCACUUAUGAACCCUUAGCAAUCCAGGCGUUAUGAACCCUUAGCAAUCCAUCGACCAGCCGACUUAUCAGAUAGAUGAAUCACCGAGAUGUUUCGUUACCAGCAUCCGCACCACCUCAUUCAUGAGACAAUAACAUACACACAUACACACACCGUCCUGUGACCAAUGCUAAUGGAUAGAAGCUGCCAACCCAGCUGCAACCUUAUGUAACUGAAGACCAGUCGACCUUAGAUUAUAGAUCGGUAGGAGAUAGAGAACCCAACCAGUCAUUGGGUUUGUGGUGGUUGAAAGAACGGUGGAAGAACAAGUGCGCGUGUGCGUAUCGUGCCGUACGGAAAACACCUACAGUGCCGGAGGUGUCCUUCAGUGUACUCCCAGUGCCAGAGAUGUCUGGCUGAGACGCUUCCAGUGCCGGAGAAGCUGGACGGGAUGCCCCUAAUGCUAGCGGGGCCGUUCACCGCCAGUUGUGCGGAGCGGAACGGGCGGGAGCGAGCGGCUGUGAUAUGACAAUACCGGGACUAUCCUGUCUGUAAUAUGUGGCCAGGGUAAGACCGGGAGCGACAGUCCAGGGAAACGGGCUACCGCUCCUCACCAAACCACGCGCUAUAGGACGUAGGAGACAAACGAGGCGGACAACAACACAGACUGACGCACGGACAGAAAUCUAGAAAGACUGACGGGCUUACGGACAAACUGGCAGACAAUGCCGGAGACGAUAGGACGGAUGGACGAGCGAACUUACGAGAUAACUAGCAGACUGAGACGGGAACGGAAAUAUGGGUAGGCGUAAGGACAAACAAGUUGACAGACCGAGACGGAAAGGAAAGGACGGACGGACGGACGGACGGACGUGAAAAUGAUCCGUAUACAGUUUGCGUCGUAGUGCAAGUUUCAUUGAGGAUCAUUGCAUUAUGAAAGAAGGAAGCCGCGCUUACAUUCGUGUGGACAUGCUCUUUCAAUGUCUUCCCAAGUCCGAUAUUGCAAUAUUUGAGAGAAGUGUUUGUUGCACUGUUCCACGCUUUUGUCCGCGUAUGCCGUGCAAUGUGCAUUGUGCUUGCCUGUGUGGAGCGUAGCAAGUUUAUAAGCGCUCGCGAUGGCAACCACUGGCGAUGCCUGUCAGUCGGUUUGACGCGCACUGUGAGUUUGUCAGAGUCGGUGUGAUCUGUGUGAUGACCUGUGCCUUAUUGGCGAGCUGUAACAAUGUCAGCUUGGAUGGUGUCGUGUCGCUGCUUCCGUUAGCUGUAACCCGGGAUCGAAUACCACUGAACGAUGAAACACG